GGUGCAGGGAGACCGCUCUUGCCGGCGCGGCUACUCGCUGGCGUCAGCUGGGGCGCGGAGGCGGAAGAUGGCGGCGGCGCCCGGGCGGCCGUGAGAGGCGAGGCGGUGGCGAGGACGGCCGAUGGCGGCGGGGAGGCGCCCUCGGGGACCCGCGGGCCGUUAAGGCGCGACGCUGGGCAUGUCGGAGCUCGCGGCGCCCGGGGCCCCGGGGCCCGGGCCCAACGGCGGCGGCGGCGGCCCAGCCCCCCCGCGUGGGCCUCGCACCCCCAACCUCAACCCCAAUCCUCUCAUCAACGUGCGCGACCGGCUCUUCCAUGCGCUCUUCUUCAAGAUGGCUGUCACCUAUUCACGCCUCUUCCCGCCCGCCUUCCGUCGUCUCUUCGAGUUCUUCGUGUUGCUCAAGGCCCUGUUCGUGCUUUUCGUCCUGGCCUACAUCCACAUCGUCUUCUCCCGCUCGCCCAUCAACUGCCUGGAGCAUGUGCGGGACAAGUGGCCGAGAGAGGGCAUCCUGCGCGUGGAGGUGCAGCACAACUCCAGCCGCGCGCCCGUCUCCCUGCAGUUCUGCAGCGGCGACGGCAGCUUCCCUGGGCCGGCUGGGGACGAGGAGGAGGAGGAGGAGGAGCUGACCGUGGAGAUGUUUGCGAACAGCUCCAUCAAGUUUGAGCUGGACAUCGAGCCCAAGGCGUUCAGGCCUCCAGGUGGCCCCGAGGCCCUGAACGACAGCCAGGAGUUCCCCUUCCCUGAGACGCCCACAAAAGCGUGGCCUCAGGACGAGUACAUCGUGGAGUACGCGCUGGAGUACGGCUUCCUGCGGCUGUCGCAGGCCACGCGGCAGCGGCUCAGCAUCCCCGUCAUGGUGGUCACCCUGGACCCCACGCGGGACCAGUGCUUCGGGGACCGCUUCAGCCGCCUACUGCUGGCCGAGUUCCUGGGCUACGACGACAUUCUCAUGUCCAGUGUGAAAGGCCUGGCGGAAAACGAGGAGAACAAGGGCUUCCUGCGGAACGUGGUGUCCGGGGAGCACUACCGCUUCGUGAGCAUGUGGAUGGCCCGCACGUCCUACCUGGCCGCCUUCGUCAUCAUGGUCAUCUUCACCCUAAGCGUGUCCAUGCUGCUGCGCUACUCCCACCACCAGAUAUUCGUCUUCAUUGUGGACCUGCUGCAGAUGCUGGAGAUGAACAUGGCCAUCGCCUUCCCUGCAGCGCCCCUGCUGACCGUCAUCCUGGCCCUCGUGGGGAUGGAGGCCAUCAUGUCUGAGUUCUUCAACGACACCACCACGGCCUUCUACAUCAUCCUCAUCGUGUGGCUGGCCGACCAGUAUGACGCCAUCUGCUGCCACACCAACACCAGCAAGCGGCACUGGCUUCGGUUCUUCUACCUGUACCACUUCGCCUUCUACGCCUACCAUUACCGCUUCAACGGGCAGUACAGCAGCCUGGCCCUCGUCACUUCUUGGCUCUUCAUCCAGCACUCCAUGAUCUACUUCUUCCACCACUACGAGCUGCCCGCCAUUCUGCAGCAGAUCCGCGUCCAGGAGAUGCUGCUGCAGACGCCCCCUCUGGGCCCUGGCAGCCCCACGGCCCUGCCGGACGACCUGAACAACAACGGAGGCACCCCGGCUGCCACGCCCGACUCUACCGGCCAGCCCCCUGCCCUGGGCCCUGGCUUGCAGGGUGGUGGUGGAGGCCCUGGGCCCAUGGCUGAGGCACCCAGCUCCCUGGUGGCUGCGGCGGCCUCGGUAGCUGCAGCAGCCAGUGGUGACCUGGGCUGGAUGGCAGAGACGGCCGCCUUCAUCACAGACGCCUCCUUCUUGUCUGGCCUGAGCGCCUCUCUCCUGGACCGGCGGCCGGCCAGCGCUGGGGCACUUCCUCGGGCCCCCCAGGACGCUGCCCCCCCGGGCGACUCCCCAGGGUCUGACACAGCCCCUCAGACCGCUGGCGUGAGUGGACCCAGCCUUGCGUCCACGGCUCCGGUGGAUGCGCCCUCGGAGGUCGGCUCCUGAGCCCUGGGCAGCUGACCGCCUCUGUCCCUGGCCAUCCAGGCCAGCUGGGUGUGACCUGGCUGGAGCCCUCCGGGGUCAGGGAGGCUGUCCCCAACGGCUCUGGGACUGCCCAGCCUGCCUUAGGUGGUAUCAGAGUCCAUCAGGUUUGCUUGGAGGCGGGCUUCUCUCCCCCAGGCCAGGGGGCCUGCCUGCAGCCUGUCCCUGUCUGUGGCGGGCCCCCUCAGCCGGUGAAUUAAGACCGGCCGAUGAGCCAGGGUGGGAGAAGGGACGGGGGCUCCAUGGAAGGUUCUGCAAGGGGUUUGUGAAAGGUCCAGAGCGAGCUGUCCCGGGGCAAGACGGGCGAGCCUCUGAGCAAGGUGAAACGAGAGGGGCCGGCUCAGCCGGUGCUCCCUCGUGUGCAGUGCCUUUCCACCGCCACCCCACACGCCCAGGCUGGGGCCCCGGGAAGGCGAAGCUCGGGCUCAGGACGCGCCGAGGCACCAACAUGGAAGGCAGCCACGGGGGGCGCCGGGGUCCCGCCCUGCUUGGGGUGAAGAGACCGCCGGCGGCCCAACCCAAUUACCAAUUACGCCGUGAGGAAUGCGGAAGAGGGCUCAUUCCACUCUAUUUAAUUUGCAGUGUACAAAAUGGUGUUUGUAUAUAGAAUAAACUGUUGACAG